UAUAUUUUCGCUCUGCGAGCGUGUGAAGUGAGCAGACCGUGAGCUUUGCCUUAACGGCUUAGUUGUUUUGUGUCAAAAAUGUCUGUUCUGUUUGAAUGCUUUCUUACAAUCUGCGUCUAAAUAUUAUAUAUGUCGAUUCCAAAGUUGAAUUAUAACAGAUUGGUCUUUAGAUGGAUAUGUACAGGCAGGAGUUUUUUAUUUGCAAAUACCGUAUUGAUGAAGCAGGAUAAGACGGGAAACCGUUACAAAUAUAUAUUUGUAGUUUUUGAUCUUGUUCCGUUUAGCCCAUGUUUUAGGUUAACAAAACGAGGAAAAAAUACAUUUGCGAGAUUAUGAAAUCAGGGCAAUCUAAACAACAAUUAAAAACAGAUUUUCAAUAACAGUUAAUAGCAGUCCAAAUAAGUCAAUCAAUAACAGACAGCAACGUGACCACAGACCGAUGUAAAUCAACGUGCUUAUUCUGUUGGCACCGGAGGUCUUUAACGCCAUGUGAAUGCGUCCAACUAAAUGGACGGGAAUUUACAUUCUUAUUUUUGCCUGACGAAAACGCAGUGGUCACGUCCGACUCAAAUGCCCAGAAAUGCACAAUGUGUCUACGCACGUUGCGAACAGACAGAACGAAGAUGCCGAUUUUGUUGAAAUAGUUCGAGAUUAGACAUCAGUGUUUAUACGAAAAAAAUUUUUUUACUUCAGGUUCAAUUUUCAUUUGUCCAAAGAAUGUUUAACCUUGCUUCAGUUAUUGUUUGGACCAGGACAACGAAUUAACGACGACCAUUCACGCUCAUCACGAUCAUCUUGUCGACAGGAGUGCAGUCAAACGCUCAGCUGUCUAAGCGACCGUGACGACACCGUUUUUGUAAAUUUGCAAGAUCCCACGUCUUCUGCAGAGUGCAUGGAGGAUCCACCGUGAUUUAGUUGGUCGACGACGUGCAGAAGAACGACAAAGUCUCUCCUUCCUUCAGGCUUCCAUCGUUGACAGAUAACUUACCAGCUACUGUCAAUACAAGCAUGGAGGUCUUAACAGCAGCUGUAUCGACGAUGAUCUGGUCUGCGCUUGAAUCGAUUUCCGUUAUUCGCGACCCAUAAGACGUUCUCCAGCGCCCGUGCAGAGUUAACCGCUUUCAUAUGGGCAAUUGAACAGCGGUGACCGAUCUCAAACUGACCACGAAGAACGGGUAAACACCGUUCUAAGUGGGGGGAACACAUGGGUUGGCGCGGUAAAAUUAGGAGCUGAACUAUAGGGGACGUAUUUACGGAAGCAGGUACUCAAGAGAAAGUUUAAUCUAUCGAUUGGGGUGCUCAAGUUCUAACGCCAAAUUCAGGGAGAUCAUAAAGCAGCUAACGACAAAUGCAAACUCACGAUGUCGGCUUUGGAACUCGAAAAGGCGUUUCUCGAAUCGCCAAUUGCCCGGUGGACCGCGCAAUUUUAUUCGGGCAAAAGCGCCAUCUCGUUGGCGCUUUUUUGCAGCGGCGAGUUCCUUUACAAUGACAUCUGGGUGCAAAUCGACAGCCAAGCCAAAGAAACUCCCGUGGCGUCGGAUGACAUUGCAACUCGGACUAAAACACUCCAGAGGUUACUCGAGGCGAUGCUGAACUUUUACAAGAAUCAUCUAAACCAGGUGUUGGUACUAAAAUUGCCAGAUGUCCUGGUACUUGCGCAGUACUCCGAUUCUUCGAAAACGAAAGCCGAUGCAGCGCGACAGGCGGUCUCGGAGUUAACCUCUCUCUUGCUGUUGCUUCUGGGUUGCGCGGUGCAAUGUGAUCGGAAGGAGGACUUUAUAACGUCGAUAAAGAAACUUGACGUUGCGGAGCAGACUGUGCUUAUGGAGUCUAUUCAGCAAAUCGCCGAUAACCCAGGGGCGGUGUGGCCAAGAGAGGGAAACUCGUUGGAUGACGGUGCCAUGUACGCCGCACUCGUCGACAACGUUAGAAGAUUAACGGAUGAGCGUGAUUCGCUGGCAGCCCAUUGUAUUCAGCUAACUCUGGACACUCUCUCGCUAAAGGAACGUGACCUUCAUCCGCCUCCUAGUCCAGUUGUAAAGGAGAACUCGGGAUUGACACUAGAGUUGGCGGACACGAAGAGUCGCCUUCGAAGACUUCAGCACGAGUACGAGGAAAAGAUAGAGUUGUUGUCAGAAGUAAAAGAAGAAUGCGACCAAGUCAAGGAAAACCUUCAAAGAUUACGGCAGGAGAAUUUCCAGCUGGUUCAAGAGUCGAGAUGCGCAAAGGCUCUUCGAGACGAGGUCGAUAUAUUAAAGGAACGAUGUCUGCGAUACGAAACGAUGGAGUCGACGAUGCAAAAAUACAAGGAAAAAAUCAGCGACCUCGAAUUCGUCCGCAGCCGCUGUGACGAGCUCAAGGAGGACUUGAGGGUGACGAACGAAACCAAGUACAUGCUUGAGGAGCAAUUGGAAACAUCAAGAAAGAAACUUGAAACGGUUGUCAGCCAGGAGUCAGAGCUGAUCUCGCUAAAGGUGGAGCUGAGUGAGGCUCAUCUCGAACGAGACCUGGCAAAUGAACGUCUGCAUCGUCUGGCUGAAGAAAUUUCUCAAUUGCAUGUUGACAAGAAGAACCUCGUCGAGGAGAUAUCGCGUCUGCAAUUAGAAAGUACGCAUAGAGAGACUGAUGAUGAUGAGCAGGAUAGCAAGAUAGCAUUCGAGGGUCCGUCGUUGCUUGAGCAGAUGCACAAUGACACGUUAACUAGAUGCAACCAGCUUGAACUCGAGAGGGAGCGGCUGUCUUGCACACUCCAGGAGAAGGAACGCGAGACCGACAAACUGCAGGGGGACAUUGUUUCACUCAAUCUGAACGUGAAGCAUCUACAGCGUAAACUUGAACUCGCGCAGGCUGACUGCACCAAGCUGCACGACGUCGAGCAACAGCUUAAUGCAGUUAGCUUAGAAAAAACGCGAGUGCAAAGGCAAGCUGAAUCGGCAGAAAAACGGUUGGAAGAGGCCCAGAAUGACAUAAGUGCCCUGACUAGCGAAAAUUCACGUCUGACGGCGUCGCUAACGACGAUGAAGGGCACAAUGCAACGGGUAAACCAGUUAGAAAAGGAAAAAAACGAACUCGAAAGCCGAAUCAAAAGUCUCGAGGACGAAAGACGCGCGUCAGAUAGAGAAUUGCAAAGAGCUCGACAGAACCUCGAGGAACGAGAACGCGACGUUGAUACGCUCUCGGAGAAAUUCACCCAUGCCGAGAAAGAAUUGGCAACGGUUCGCGAAAACCUAGUGACAUUUAGUGGUCUUCAAGAACAGUUGGCUGCUAACGAAGUGGAGCUGCACACUAUCAAAGAAGAACUAUCCAUCGAAAAAGCAGCUCUCGUUGAUCUUCGCCAGGAGAUGAUCCACGAGAAAGUGAAAAAUGGCUUGUUAGAGAAUGAGCUCGAACAGGUUCAUAUACAGCUAGAUAAUAUGGAGAAGCUGCAACAACAGCAACAGAAUAAUACGCUUGAUGUUACUAAAGGGUCGACGACCGACGAGUAUCUCUCUACAGCUUCCUCAGUAACCAGCGGAACCCUUGACGCAAAUGGUGGGGGUUCGACGACUCUCAGCUCACCGAGCGUAUUUGAGCCAGGCGAAGAGGACGAGCGGAUAGAUACAGAGAUCCUGUUAGGCAGCGCUAUUCCCGUUCUCAACGGUGACGCAGAACGCAGCUCAACCGAGUCGGCCGAUCCUGCCGUUACAAUAAUAGGGUCCCUUAGGGCUGGCAGGGAAUCCAGUUCGAGUGGACCGUUCUCCCUACCCGCCCCGGGUGCUGAGCUGCAGAGCGGGACUCGAGAGAGUCCAGCCGGGGCGACAAACACAACAGCUAGUUCGCGCGUGGCCGAUCUCAAGGACAAAAUCGUUCAGCUCGAACACAAAAAACUACAGAGUGAGGCCGAGUGUAUGGCCGCAAAAAAGCAACUGUCAGUAGUGAAACAACAACUGCUAAACGCCGAGUAUGAAAUCGCACAGGAGGUGGCCAAGCGCGAAGCCCUGGCCAAGCAGAAUGCUGCCCUACAGUCGCAUUUCGCAAGGCUGGAGGUUGACCAAAGUGUGGCCAUUUCGGCGAAACUGCAACUCCAGGAGCAGACAGAGGUGCUUAAGCAGGAGCUAGGGGAGGUCAAGGCAAAACUUCGCGAAAAAGAACUUGAGAUCAUGCGUACUACCGAGAGUCAAGAAAAGGUGACUAACGACUAUAAAGUGUUAGAUGCACUGCAUAAACAACUUGGACAGGAAUUCGAAACCGUCAAGAAUUCAUUGGCUGCUAAUAAAAACGUACAAAAGAUACAGAAGAACGAAAAUGCAGAACUGCAGCGGCUUGUCAAUAAACUUCGAGAUCAAUUGGAGACCCUGCGAGAGGAACUUCGCGAGAAGGAAGAACUGGCAUCGAGCGUAGAGCUUUUACAAUCGAUCCCAGGCGGUGCCACGCUGACAACAUCUGAGCUCCUUCAGGACAACGAGCGUCUCAAGGAAGACCUAAACGCAUUGCAAAAUACGUACCGACAGCUUAAGGAUGACAACAAUCAAAAAUCGCUUCGCAUCACAGAGCUGCAGGGUCAGCUGCAAAGUUCUCAACACGAUAGGAGCAGCCGAGAUGUCGAAAUUUCCCGACUGACUGCUUCAUACCAAAUGCAACAGCACGUCAAUCAAGUCUUAGAGGAGGAACGCAAAUCUCUACUAGUUAAGGUAACGUCUCUUAUGGCAUCGUACGAUCAGCAUUUCCGCCGACUUUUAGAUGUCAUCUCAACUUGUGACAACAGCCAAGGGGCCGAAGAAAUUCCUCAUAACAACAGCUACGAGCAAGAACGGCUCCGUAUGGAGGAAGAACGUAGGCUACUUGAGGAUAAAUUGUCAGAGUACACGUCCAAGUUGGACAAGCGAAUGUGCAUCAGCCAAGCAAUAAGUUCCCGCAGUUCGACGCCCCUGCCAGUCGAAGGCAGUAUCAUGGGCAGCGAACCUGGAGGAUUGAUGAACAGGACGUUGACCACACCAUCACCGUUAACUGUGUCAGCACAGCUUACUCAUCAGACUCAGGCACCGGUGCACGUCAACCGUACGGUGGAAAACCAUACGACAAUUAACGUUGUAAAUCAGGUUCACCAUUAUCCUGCACAGCCACUGACAUCUACGCCAGUUACAACCGGAACUUCGAAUAGCGGAUUAAGCCGCUCCCCAGCUGCGAGGCACUCCAUGUAUGCACGGGGUUCGCAUGGCCUGUAUGAUAGCGCCAAUCACAACCGUCAGUACCUCAAUCAACAACAAUUCAACGCUAGCAACGGGUCGUCAUCGCAUCACCAUCAUCCAGCACUUCCGCAGAAUCAACAUCAAUCAUCGUCACACCACGGCGGUCACGGGAUAGCAGUUGGGAGUAGUGCAACUGGUCCAACCGGACUGUUCAGGACAACGCUACGUAAAGAAGCGGCUGCAGCCGGAUUGGGUUCAGGUGGGAGCUUGUCUGACGUGGAAACGCCCUCCCGACGGAGUGCACUUUCUGUUACAUCGUCAGGCAUCGCCAGUCCCGCUCCGCAGACCACGUCUGCAAGCAAUACCCCGACUAAGCAGGACGUCUGGUAUGAGUAUGGUUGUGUCUAAGACGAAAGCGCGUAGAAAGUGGUAAGUUUUUAUUUAGGAGACGAAGAACGAUACGCAUACCAUAAAACUAAGCAACAUGAGAUUCAGAGAUCAGACAUUCGUUAUAGAGUGUACAAGCAAACGAAAUAAAGAAUUGUUCCCACUCUGAAAGCGUUGGAAAAAUCUGUGAUCUGUAAGACGACUCGUUUGAAUUGAUUGAGCAACAGUCAUGUGGAUACGGUGUGAUUAUAAUGUGAUAUGAUCACUCCGCGAUUUAUUUUGACUUGUGCAUAUAUUUGAGUGAUGAAGAAGACUUUAGAUGGUCUAAGGAUUCGAGUUUAGGAAGAAUUAGGAGACAUUUCUCCCGCCAAAAAUAAUGGUAACUGAUUACGUACUCCGGUGACUAGCUGGCUGCUGUUGUUGUUUUUGUCUAAGAUUUGAUGUGUGAGACGACGAUAAAUAACGUAGAUAAUGAGGCAAAACGAACCGUAAGGGCUAGAUAUGCGAAAGAAAAUUUCUGGUAGAGGACGCGUCCGUUAUCGAUAUCCUCACCUAGAACCCCCACAAGCCACAAGUAGACGCCAUUUAGGUCGACGUGGUGACGGAAAUGUCACCAACAGUACUAUUCUGUUUAGAAAUCAUUUGGUGAACAAUCGCAAUUUUACCUUUAAAACCACUGACUUAUAGCGCUAACGUGACUCGUUGUUCAUGGGCUGUGAUACGCAGUCCAAAAUGUGUUAUUAGCGGAUAUAUGUACAAUAUGUUGACGCAAUUCGAGGUCGGUUCUUCAUUGAUCUAUUCGUUGAGGCGCGGAGGAAUGAUCGAAGACAAGGCAGCUUCAACAGAUAGCACUAAACGUCCAUUUAGCGAAAAAAAAAAAAAAACCGAGUAUGAAUCAAAGGAAGUUUUAGCUAUAAAAGCUAAUGUUGACUCUGAGAUAAAAAUCUGGUUCGCGUCACACGAACUAGCUGAAACCAUUUAAAUAACGACGAUGAUUUUAUUGAAAAGCCUAAAAGCGGGUGAGUGAGAUUUCGUAAAGACUCAUAUAAUGAGAGAAUCAUUUGAGUAAAAUAGACGAUUGGAGUAUAAAAACCAUAUAAGAGUAUAGAAAAGUAUACAUAGAAUAUACAUAAAAAAGAAGCUUGUUCUUCUGCCAGCCAGACCUUUCGUCACAGACGAAAUUUUAUUUGUGCACCGGUUGAUCGCGUUCUUCUAGCUUCGCAAUUUCGCGAUUAUUCUUAAAACGUACGUUAUGAAUACGUGUUGAUUUGUUUUGCGAAAAGAAAAAAAAUGCCAAGUAUAAAAAGAUGGACGGGCGGAGACCACUUUCAUAACUGAACAAUUAAACUAGCCAGUUUCUUAGCAUUUAUUUAAUAAUGUCAACAAUACUAAGGCUGCCGGUAAAGAAAGUGGGAAACAGUAGCACAUAGAUUGUAGAUUAUUUAUGGAUACAGUAGACGCUAA